AUGUCUAGUAACAAAGAAGACAUCAAUACAUCAUCUCAAACAGAACCAGAGUCGAAUCUACGACUACUGCAAUCAAAUGGUACCACACCUUCUCAACUGCAAAACUGUACGAAUAAUGACCAACACAAGGACAAUGAAUCCACCAAAACUAAUAAUGGUUCGACAAAUGUUGUGACCCCAACACAACCGGAGCAGCAAAGUAAAGACCGACGAAUAUCAACAAAGUUUAAAGAUCUAAACUCCAGUAACGGGACUGCUCCGGUUAUUGACACCUCAAGCAUCAAGUCCUAUUACCCCAUUAUCAACAAUUCUUGGCAACAAACUCAGUCGUCGUCGUCGCCCCUGCAAAAAUAUGCAACACAACGACUUAAUCAAGAGCUGCAGAAAUCGCCAACAGGGUUUCCCAUGAGUAAUAAGAAUCGAUCGGAUAGCAGUAUAAAAACACCACGAUACAGUCACCACAAACGUAAAUCAACAUCGUCGUCAGCAUCAUCAAUAACAACACCGCCAACACUUUCUAAGUCGAGUGAUAAUCUACGUAUGUUGCUUGAUAGAGAUAGGAUUACACCGCCAGUACUUUCUCGUGAUGAUGGUGGCGGUAGUACCGGGUACUUUAAUUUGGACAGGAAUAAAUGGAAGGGACAUUCAACAACAAGUGGGAAAUCCGAUCGACUGAAGCAGUCUGUUGUUGGUGAUACUCCUGGGUUAUUGAAUAGUCCCUGGUUUAGAGACUUGAAAAGCAAUAAUAAUGGCAAUUCCAAUGGUAAUGGUAGUGGGUACAGUGCCAAUGUUAGUACGCAGAGUUUGCAUGCACAUAAGAUGGAACAUUCACGAAAGGAGCAAAAGAAUCGAUUAGUUGAUCAGUUUUUGAGCUCGUCUAAAAAAGUGCCACCUUCACCUGGAAGUGAAAUGAAUGGGAGUAGGUAUUUUAAUGAGGAUUUAUUACCUUCGUCAUUGCUGAAUAGUCAUGUCAAUUUGAGUGCGUUGACUCCAUUGAAACCAGUGAAAGGAGCUACACGUGGUGGCGGUAGUGGUGGUGGUGGUAGUAGCGAUUGGAAAAAACUGCCUGAUGAUUUAAACCAAGACAAGGAAACAAUGGAGCAGGUUAGUAAGGAGGCACAAAGACAACAAUUGCUUGAUCGUGAAGUAAAUCUAGAUGAAAAACAAAUGAGGUUGGAGAAACAAGAGGAGAAGUUGAAAGAUCGAGAGAAACAAAUCGUAGAUGAGCUGCCAAAGAUAAAGCCACAGCAGCAACUACAGCCACAGCAGCCGCAGCCGCAGGAGCAGCAGGAGCAGCAGCCACAGCCGCUACAGCAGCAGAAGCAAUCGGACUUGGUAUUGAACAACAAUAACACUAACAAUAACAGUAUAAAUGGUAAUGGUGUUGCUUUCCCUGCACAUGCAAGUGAAGAUUUGGUAAAUAAUGUAUUGCAUAAUGGUGGAUUCAGAUUCGAGUAUGACACCAGGCACGUUAUUGAAGAUGAUAAGCUUGUUAAUUAUUUGAUCAAUAUUGAUAAUGUUUUGGAAGAAUUGGAGAAACGCAAACAUCAUAAUCAAAAACACAAUGGACAUCAUCGACACAACAAGCACAAAGUUGUAGGCGAUGAUAACAAUGAUGACGAUCAGUACGAGGAAUUAAUCAAGAUUCUAUCCACCAUUUCUGAGAAAGUGAUUAUUAAAACCAAAGCCAUGAUUUAUGCCAAAACCAAUCCAGCUAAAGCAACCAUUAUACAACUUGAUCUUGUAUCUCAAUAUUUGGAUAUGUUGUAUAAAACCAUGCACAAUUUACGACAAGAGUUGAUUAACAAAUUGUCACAAACACGCGAUAACAAUAACACAAUAAUUGGUGAGAAUUUAUCAAAGUUGAAUGAGAUUGAUGCAAAUUUAAACAAUCUUGAAGCAACAACUAAUCGUUACAAGGAUAAGAUUAUGCAACAAAAGCAAUUGAUGAAGAAUGAAGUAAAUGACAAAUUGAACUUGUUGGAGGAAAUUAAUAGACUGAUUCAUGUACAUAAUAAGAAUAAGCGAAAUAAGAGGAUUGUUAGAAUGAAUGUGGUUUUUGCUGGAUUGGUUGUGUUGGUGGGGAUAUAUUUGGGAGUAGUGAGACGGUAA